AUGUGCUUAUUCCUACUGCCUCCUUCUUGUCCCAUUUUACUAAGUUUGAUAUUACAGGUUGAAAGUAUAUACCACAAAGCCCAAUGUGUUCUACAUCGCCCUUAUCUAACAAGGGCUCGUGAAAAUCCACGGUAUACUCUGUCACAUCGGGCCUGUAUCGAUAGUUCGCUCGAGUUAUUACGACUUCAAGCAAUGCUUCAUGCAGAAAAGACAUCCGGCAGAAGAGUCCUACAUCCGAGAUAUUACACUACAUCACUUACUGGCCACGACUUCCUGCUAGCCAGCACCAUUCUUGCCCUUGAUCUCUACCAUGAAGCCCAGCUAGAAGCAAAUAGGCGACAAGGCGACAGUCCAUACGGCUGGGGAUGCGGAAUGCAGGAAGAGAUGCUUGCUACCCUUCGGCAAUCCUAUAAUAUCUGGAACGAACUAAAAGACGAGUCUAUGGACGCAUGGAAGGCAUCCAGUGUUCUGGGACUGCUUCUGGAGAAGAUAAGUUGUCGACGAGAAAAUAGAGAUGCCACGUCAAUGGAUAGCAGCUUUGACCCGCAGGAUGAGAAACAGAGCGCUGCUAUGACUCUGGGCCUUCUCAGCAGCGGAUUAACCCCCCAGGGGCCAACAAGUCCGCCUCAAUUUGGAGAUUCCAUGAUAGGAAUUGACCGGACUUCCUCGGCCCAACAAGGAGGGCUACCUUCUAACAUAGACCAGUUAGCGGGCCUAAAUUCUCCGUUUGGCAUGUUUGGUCAGAUGCCAGACAUGCAGCCAUUCAACCUCGACUGGGAGGCCUGGGAUAACUAUAUCCAGUCAGCUGCCCUUGAUCCCACCAACCAAAACUGGGCAGAUGUAAAUCAACGACAAGACUUCCAGCAAGCACACCAGCCACAGACUACCGCUGAGAACGAACCAAAUAUGUCUAUAAGACCACCAACAUACCCUCUACGCAAUGGUACAUAUGACGCGAACGGCAAUACCUCCACUCACCCCACAUAUAUGGAUAAUAGUGACUAUCAAGGAGGCGCAAAUGGCUCCUGA